AUGUCAAUUAAAUAUCUUCUUCUUUUAUCCCGACAAGGGAAAGUGAGACUUUCCAAAUGGUAUAUUGCCAUGGGUCAGCAGGAAAAGCAAAGAGUUACGAAGGAACUUACAGCAAUUGUGCCCUUAAGAAAAUCAAAAAUGUGCAAUGUACUUGAGUACAAAGAUUCUAAACUUGUUUAUCGUCGAUAUGCAUCUCUUUUCUUCAUUGCAUGUAUUGGGAAUGAUGACAAUGAACUUUUGGCUCUGGAAGUAAUACAACGAUACGUGGAAGUGAUGGAUAAGAUAUACGGAAAUGUCUGUGAGCUUGAUAUUAUUUUCAACUUUCAGCUCGCAUAUCAGAUAUUGGAUGAGUUGGUUAUAGAUGGUGUCAUGCAGGAAAGUUCUUCAAGUGAAAUUAUUAGAAAGAUAGCCUAUCAGGAACAAAUGCAGCAUGAUGAUGCCGUUCAAUCGUAA